AUGGGACUUCUAGUGUUUUUUCUAGUGUUUUGGGUGUUGGGAUUAUGUGCAUUAGGUCUAGGAGGGGCUUCCAUUUCAUGGGAUGCCAUGGAUGAUAAUCAAAAUUAUGUAAAGGAAUGCGGCUUUACUAGAUAUCCUAGCCUCUGCGUUGAAACCUUGACCAGAUUGGGCUCAGCCAAUCAACCUGUUGACAUUGUGUUGGCUCUUGUUAACAAGACCAUCUCUGAGACGAAGCUGACCACUUCAAAUUUUGCAAAAUUCAGCUCCCAAUUUGAAGCCCAAGAAUUAGCUGAACGUGCCCAUUAUGUCACUGGUGGGGGCUAUUGUGAAGAGCUCAUGAACAUGUCUCUCAAAUGGCUUGAGCAGUCCAUGUUAGCCCUAAAAGAUUCUCCGGAGAAAAACAAGCAUGACAUUCAAACAUGGCUAAGUGCUGCCUUGACUUUCCAACAAGCUUGUAAAGACUCAGCCGACAGCCUCAGUCUCUCCGAAGAGUACUUGAAUAUAGUUCAGAACCAGAUAUCUAAGAAGAUGGAUUAUCUAUCUCAAUUGGGAAGUAAUCCAUUAGCUCUUGUCAACAGGAUCACCAAAACUGGUACUGGUAAGUCAAAGAAGAGCACAACCUCUCCAAAGUGGGUAUUUACUCGAGAUAGAAAGCUCGUUGAGGCAAAGGCAAAUGUCAUAGUUGCCAAAGAUGGUUCAGGCAACUAUAAAACUGUGUCGGAAGCCAUCAAAGCUGCUUCUGGGAAACAGUUUGUGAUUUACGUGAAGUCAGGGGUUUAUAAGGAGAAGAUUCACACUAAGAAAGAUGGCAUUACCUUGAUAGGAGACGGCAAAUAUUCCACUAUUAUAAUUGGCGACGAUUGUGUUGCUAAAGGCUCUUCCCUGGCUGCCUCUGCCACAUUCACAAUCACAGGUAACGGAUUCAUUGCUCGUGACAUUGGAUUUCAUAACACAGCCGGUCCUCAAGGAGAACAAGCCCUGGCUGUGUAUGUUGCUUCAGACCAUUCAGUCUUCUUCAGGUGUAGCAUUGCAGGCUACCAGGACAGUUUAUAUGCGCUUGCACUCCGUCAAUUCUAUAGAGAAUGUGACAUCUAUGGCACCAUAGACUUCAUUUUUGGAAACGCUGUGGCUGUUUUUCAGAGCUGCAAUUUAAUACUUCGUAGACCACAACGUGGUUAUUACAAUGUGAUCCUAGCAAAUGGGAGGAAUGACCCUGGUCAAAAUACUGGCUUCUCGGUUCAAAAGUGUAAGAUCAUGGUGAGCUCAGACUUCUCUGCUGUCAAACAUUCAUACAAUUCCUAUCUAGGGAGGCCAUGGAGGGAGUACUCUAGAGCAGUAAUAAUGGAAUCAACCUUAGAUGAUGCUAUAGCGCCUAGAGGUUGGAUUGAAUGGCCUGGAGCCGAAAGUUCUACCCUCAAGAAUCUGUAUUUUGCAGAGUACUCAAAUGUAGGGCCUGGAGCUGGACUUUCCAAGAGGGUGCAGUGGCCUGGAUAUCAUGUUAUUGGAGCCGAUGAAGCAGUCAAAUUUACUGUCUCUAAGUUUAUCGCUGGGACUUCAUGGCUGCCUUUCACCGGCAUACCUUUCAUCUCCGGUCUGGACUGA